AUGUCGUCAAACAUCCAAGUGUUUGUGAAGUGGAAGGAUCAAAACAUCUUCGCCGGUGAGGACGUGGAAUGCACCAUCACGUUCAAAAAUGUGGCAGACAGUGGCUCUGAGGCGGGUCACGGAGGAGAGGCUGGCCAUCAGCGGAAGCUCUCUCGCAGCGCGAAUCUCCCGACCAAUUCCGGGUCGGACUCCUUCUUCUCGUUGAAGUCACCGCAGGCAUUGUUUUCGUCGAGACGAUCUUACUCAAUCAGCUCUCAGAGGAAGCCAUUCCAUCGUACCGCGUCCUCGUUGAACUCGGCAAUUCCUCCGUCGAACAGCUUCCCCCCGAUCAGUACGCCGUCGACACCGAGAAACUGGCAGCCGGGCCACAGUCACAAGCGAUCUGUGUCGAUUCUGUCCAUCGAUAGUGAAGGCCUUGCGGAGAACGUUCAAUCAAAUCAAAGUCAUGGACGGGCUCGGCCGGCUCGAGGACAUGGUCGUUCAGCGAGUCUUCAAGUAGUUCCGAAAAGGAAUGAGAGCUAUGAUGAAACCCAGCGCAAAAUGGGGAGAACACCUUUGCGAAGUCCUUCGCUCGCUGAAUCACCGAAUGAGUCCGCAGUACCCAGCUCUAGAGUCGAUACCGCACAACUCAGAAGGGGGAGUCGGCCAGAUCCUCAUACAGCGAGCCCCGUCACGUCAACAAUGCCAGCGCGCGGCGCCCAACGACGUGCACAGCUCCCUGCUUUUGACUUCAAGUUUCCUCCAGCGUCGCCAACAACUGAUACCAAUAGCACUCGUCCGCCCCUCUCCCCGUCUCCACGAUCGCCUGACCAACCUCCUUCUUCUGCAAAAUCAGCAGGCAAAGAUUCUGGAUCGCUGGCUGCACCAUCGCAUCAACAGGUCGCGCGAAUCAUAUCGGCCACCAGUGUCAAUGGAAGCAGCCGGAGCAGUGGAGAGUUUUACUCCGUCAGUGAUCAUUCCAGCGAGACAUUAGCGUCCGAAUAUUCCACGCAAGCUCAAGCAGCGAGACCUGUCCCUCCAGUCAGACAUGCCCGGCAUUAUUCAAGUGUCGUUUCUCCUACAAAGGCGUUUAACAGCCAGGCACUACUCAUGGGCUACGCGCAGAUUAACGCAUCCUUUACUGUCGAUGGAUCUCUCGUCAACCAGUCAGUAUUUGACGAGACAAAGCGCAAGGGAGUUGUUGGAGGUCAAACAGGCACCGGGGGUGUUCCCGGCCGGCCGGGUUCUGCGAGUGAUGACCGUUCGCGUAAAAGUGGAGGAUUCUGGGGGGCUUUGAAGUGGAACGUGAUCGAAGAGUCAAUCAAUGGACUUCUGUCGAACAACGAGCUCGACGGUCUGCGAGAGAUGCGAGGCGUGGCGUCUUCACGGUCGAUUCCAUUACUGUCCACACCACAAUCCCUGCUAUUUGUUGAUCUGCGACUAGCCCCUGGCGAGGAGCAGUCAUAUUCAUUCUCGUUCACGCUACCCAAGGGUCUUCCCGCGAGCCACAAGGGCAAGGCUAUCAAAAUCUCGUAUAAUCUGGUCAUCGGCACUCAGCGGCCUAGCGGACCUAAUGAGGCCCAGCGAGUGAAUCGGAUAAACAUUCCAUUCCGCGUCUACAGUGGUGUCAAUGAGAGAGGAGACAUCCUCGGCCACGACUUAAUGUCACCAUAUGUCAUUCUUCGCGAUGAAGCCAAAGUCCAGAAGAUCGGGCCCAACACACCGGUCCAUACCAAGAAGCAAAGCAUUGGUGGUGUGUGGCAGUCAGCAGGGGACUUUCUUUCCUUUGUGGAUGAAAUUCUUGAGCAGCGUGCGCGCUCCAACUCGCUUUAUCCGCCUGGGGCCACUCCCCAGAGGAGGUCCAGUUUCGACGGACCUCCAGCGCAUGCCUUGUCCUGCAAAGACAUUAUUGAUUAUGCUAUCCUACGCAGCAACCAGGCGGUCCAGUCGCGGCGAUGUCCCAACCGAUUCGAGAUCGCUCGUGAUGGUCGGCGAAUUGCCGUCGUGGUCUUGAACCGUCCCGUCCAUAGACUGGGAGAGACGGUGAUUGCUACCGUAGACUUUGGCGACACUGCCAUACCGUGCUAUGCAAUACGAGCUUCGCUCGAGACAUCUGAGAAAGUGACGCCGACGAUAGCAGUUCGUUCGAGUGCAAGCAUCCACCGCACCACGCGCAAGAUCCACGCAUCUCUGUUUGAGAACACUCUUUUCGCAACGCGGGUUGUGUUUAGUCCUGCAAUCCCCAUCUCCGCCACACCCACCAUCCUUACUAGUGGUGUGACUCUUGACUGGGAUCUGCGCUUUGAAUUCGUCACGCCGAAGUUGAACGGCGACGCGGGCCUCGGGAUGGCGGGGACUCGACUUCUCGAGGCAACCUCUGCUGAUAAUCGUGGCCAGAUUUUGAAUGCGUCGGAGCAUCUGGGAUGUGAAUCUUUUGAAAUCUCGAUUCCUCUGACCGUAUACGGGGAGACGUUCCUUGUCGAGACAGGUGCUGGCUCUUUCUUGGUUCAGCCGGUUCAGCUGGCUCAGCUCCGGCUCAAGUUCCAUGGAAUCAAAGGCGGGAUAACGUUAGAAGGUGGAGUUGCUGAUAAACAGUCGGCCCCAGAGAAAGUUGUGACUGACGAAGUUGCCCAGUUUUGGAGUGUAAAACAUCAGCACCCCCACUGGGAGUCACUUCGAAGUUACCAGCAGGUCACACCAAGCCUCAUCAACACACUAUCGUUGCCAGGCACCUUCCCAUCGGCCGUGCCCUCGGCCGACCGUCUCGUCGCAACACUCCCACUGUUUCCCCUCCUGUCACCUCUUCCCCCUCUCAUUGCGCUCAUCUCGCCGCCGCUCUGCGCAACCCGGCAUUUUGCACUUGAAAUCGCUCGCCAAUUCUUGUACGUGAUAGCACAUCAGGCAGCCAGGCCGAGUCCAGGCCUGCUUGGGCCUGCCCCCGAAGAAAUACCUACAUGCGCGCCAGACCGUACUAACGGUGGAAUGCAGGCACGUCGCAAUCAGCGCUUCACCCCCGCCACAGCGUGUUUCCAAGGGAUACCGAGAAGAUCUUCCUUCCUGAUCGACGGGAAAGAAGUCAUGUCUUCUUUCAUCAACACCAUGUCCGUUCCAGCUACCCCUACCCCAGACCCUCUGUCCACUUUCCCAUCCGUUGAGCACGCUGCUCCGUCCUCGUUGACAUGCAGUCCCUCGACGAGUGUGAGUCCCUCGGGGAUGUACCACACCACCCGCACUGCCCAUAUUCCGGGCCUCGAACCCCCUUCAUAUUUGUCACCAGCAGUGCGCGCACUCAAACAAGGCGUACUAGGACUGACACCUCCCAGCAAUGCUCGAACGCGCGCGCCCUUCAAGCCCCGCUCCGCCGCCAAGGGCACCAGCAGCUAUCAACUGAGACAAUUUGCCGAAGCCACUCUCGGUAGCGGUAGUCUGCGCAAGGCUGUGAAGCUGCCCGAAGGCGAAGAUCUGAAUGAAUGGCUCGCGGUGAAUGUGGUCGACUUUUACAACCAGAUCAAUCUUCUCUACGGUUCUAUCACCGAGUUCUGCUCCCCGCAAUCAUGUCCCGAGAUGAAGGCGACAGAUGAAUUCGAGUACUUGUGGCAAGACUCGGACAAGUUCAAGCGACCGACCAAAAUGUCAGCUCCGGAAUAUAUCGAGCAUCUCAUGAGCUGGGUGCAGGGUAACGUCGACAAUGAGGAAAUGUUUCCCAGUCGCAUUGGUGAGACUGCCACGCAGAACGCGAUCGAAGACCACAAGCAUGGACGUACUGAUUUCUUCGCUUCAACAGGUGUCCCCUUUCCCAAGACGUUCCACAGCCUUCUAAGACAGAUUUUCAAGCGUCUCUAUCGCGUAUACGCCCACAUCUACUGCCACCAUUACCCCGUCGUGGUCCACUUGGGCCUCGAGCCACACUUGAAUACUAGUUUCAAGCAUUACGUUCUCUUCAUCGACGAGCACAAACUGGCGAGCGGGAAAGAUUACUGGGGCCCUCUAGGCGACCUCGUGGAUAGCAUGCUACGCAGCGACUAG